AUGGUCCUCAGGAGUCACCCCUUCCCCAGGCCGGAGAGGCCCCCAGGGAGAGCCCCGAGGGCCACCCUGGAGGGCCCCAGCCAUCCGGGCGCGCCCUCACCCUCUGAGAACAGAAGGUCGGCUGCUCCCCCAGAGGAGGACAGGCGUGGCGCAGAGGGGCUGGCCCCAAGGGCGGGUCCAGGGGGCCUGGAGGAAGCUGGAGCCCGGCCCCAGCAGAGUCGUGCUGAGACCGAGGGGGCUGCCACGGCAGGCCCUCCCUUAGGCCCGAGAGGGGAGAGAACCGAGGAGAAACAUCCGGACUCGCUGCUGCGGGGAGCCGCAGAGCCCACGGCCCCCUCCCCACCCCCUGAGCAGACCCAGCCUGGCUCUUCACCCUCCCCGGCUACAGGGCGGGAACCCCAGCCAGUCCCGCGGCCCAGGAAACGCAGCUUGUGUGAAAUGUCCCAGAGCCCCAAGCAGGAGGCCGGCGGAGUGGCCCCAGGGCAGCAUCAAGGACAGGCGCCGGGGACGGGGACGGCAUCCCGCCCUUCAGGCCGCCGGCAGGGCCUCGCGGAGAAGCAGGAGGAGGCCCGGAAACUCACGGUGUUUCUGCAGAGGCCGGGAGGCUGGCGGGUGGCUGAGGGGCCCCGAAAGUCCAGGGCCUCCGUGGGGGCUCUGCCGCGAUGGCUGGACCUGGGCAGUUGCCUGGAGGCACUGGCCUUUGCCCAGCAGCACGAGGACCCUGGCUUGGCCCAGGAGACCUAUGCCUGGAUGAGCGACAAUCUGCUUCACGUGCUGAGAGACCCGAGCCUCUACCGGCAGCUGAGUGGGGCAGACCGGGAGCGCAUUGUGAGCCUGCGCACCGGCCGCGGCCCCGCGGUGCUGGGGGCCCUGGUGCUGCCCGGCCUCUACGGGACAAGCCGCUCUGGGCUCACACGGGACUCCCCUGCGGCGGAGGCUCUCGCCGUGGGGCCCGUGGCCCCGCCUCCCCCCGCAUACCUGCACGUAUUCCACCCUGGAGAGAACGCCUGGAGGCCCCUGACUGAGGUGCCCCAGGAGGCCCCGCUGCGAGGCUGCGGCCUCUGCACUCUGCACAACUACCUGUUCCUGGCGGGGGGCAUUCGUGGGUCUGGCGCCGAGGCUGUCUGCUCCAACGAGGUGUUCUGCUACAACCCUCUGACCAACAUCUGGAGCCAGGUGCGGCCCAUGCAGCAGGCGCGCGCCCAGCUCAAACUAGUGGCGCUGGACGGGCUGCUCUACGCCAUCGGGGGCGAGUGUCUGUACAGCAUGGAGUGCUACGACCCGCGCGCUGACGCCUGGACCUCCCGCGCACCCCUCCCUGCGGGCACCUUCCCCGUGGCUCACGAAGCUGUGGCCUGCCAGGGGGACAUCUAUGUCACUGGGGGCCAUCUCUUCUACCGCCUGCUCAGGUACAGUCCCAUGAAGGACGCGUGGGACGAGUGCCCCUACAGUGCCAGCCAUCGGCGGUCCAGUGACAUGGUGGCUCUGGGGGGCUUCCUGUACCGCUUUGACCUCCUGCGGGGCGUGGGGGCUGCGGUGAUGCGCUACAACACUGUGACGAGCUCCUGGAGCCGGGCUGCCUCCUUGCCCCUGCCCGACCCCGCCCCGCUGCGCUGUGCUGUGCUGGGCAACACGAUCUACUGCCUCAACCACCAGGUCACAGCCACCUUCACCGUCUCCGAGGGGACCGCCCAGUUCCAGGCCAAGGAGCUCCAACCUUUCCCCCUGGGGACCAAAGGGGUCCUCUGCCCAUUCACCCUGACUCUGCCUGCAGUGGGCCCACUGCAGACUGCCCUCUGA